AUGCAGUGCUUAAUGGCACCAAACCGACCAGAGAUUGACGAUGCACACGCCAGACAGCACUGGCUCGACGUUGGGGUCGCCAGUGUUCGAAACUUUUGGAACAUCACAUGGAAGAAGAAGAUUGUUUGGGUGUUACUUGCAGCUUCAUCCCUUCCAUUACAUCUGGUAUACAACUCCGUUAUCUUCAGCUCGACAUCAGUGAACAACUACAGCGUCUUGAAUACGAAUGCGUACAUUUCAAAGAACAAGACCGAUGGCGCACUCAACAGCGCCGACUGGAAGAGCAUGUACUCAGGUUUUCUUGGCGAUAACGUCGAGGAAAUGGACGCAACACGAUGCAUCGACACCUAA